GCCUAUGUUCAUGUGUAGAGCUGUUAGUAGAACUGGAGACAAUCAGUAGCCAUCCUGUUGAUGUACCAGUGGAGACAUUGCUUGCUUAAGGACACAGUUAAAAUGUCGAAAAUAGAGAAGAUGAGCAUCCUUGGCGUGAGGAGUUUUGGUGUAGAAGACAAGGAUAAACAAGUGAUAGCAUUCUUCAGCCCUUUGACGGUGCUAGUAGGACCCAAUGGAGCUGGAAAAACGACUAUUAUUGAAUGCCUGAAGUAUGUCACUUCUGGAGACUUUCCACCUGGAAGCAAAGGAAAUACGUUUGUUCAUGAUCCAAAGGAUGCCCAUGAGACAGAUGUACGUGCCCAGAUUCGCCUGCAGUUCAAAGAUGUAAAUGGGGAGCCCGUAGCUGUUCAGCGGUCCAUGCUAAGCACACAGAAGGGCAAAAAAGCAGAGUUCAAAACCCUUGAAGGAGUCAUCACCAGAAUUAAGCAUGGAGAGAAGGUCAGCCUGAGCUCUAAAUGUGCAGAGAUAGACCGUGAGAUGAUUUCGGCUCUGGGCGUUUCCAAAGCUGUUCUCAACCAUGUCAUCUUCUGCCACCAAGAAGAGUCCAACUGGCCACUCAGUGAAGGAAAGGCACUGAAGCAGAAAUUUGAUGAAAUUUUCUCAGCCACAAGGUACAUUAAGGUGCUAGAAACCCUUCGGCAGUUGAGACUGAAGCAGUCCAACACUGUCAAGGCCUGUCAAAUGGAGCUAAAAUAUCUGAAGCAGAACAAAGAGAAGGCUCAGGAGAUCAAGGAUCUGCUAUCCACUAAAGAAGCCCAACUAGCAGCUUCCAAAGAGAGUGUGCAGCGCAUUGAAAGCCAGAUUGACCCGCUGGAGAAUCGGCUGAAUGACAUCGACGAUAACCUUGGUAAAGUCAUGAAACUGGAUAAUGAUAUCAAGACUCUAGACAGCCGGAAAAAGCAGAUGGAAGAUGACAAUCGAGAGUUAGAAGAGAAGAUGGAACAGGUGUUCCAGGGUAAAGAUGAGCAGCUGCAGGAGAUGUACCAGAACCACCAGCGCACUGUAAGGGAGAAAGAGAGGAGACUCACAGAAUGCCAGCGUGACCUGGAGAGGGCAGGUCGAGAGUGUCAGAGAAUGAACCGCCUCAAGUCCGACCUACUUAUCGAACAGGGGCGUCUCCAGAUGGAAGCGGACAGGCAGGCAUCGCAUGUGAAAAACAGAGAUGCUCAAGUCAAGUCCCUGGCGUCUUAUCUAGAAAUGGAGGGCUAUGAUAGAGCUCCAUUCAAUGAGCGACAACUCCAGAGCUUCCAUAGACAGGUCAAAGAGAGACAGGACAAUCAGAUAGAGGCCCUCAACAAGGUCAUGGUUGACUUGCAAGAGAAGGAGACACAGAAACAGCAGAGCGUUGAUGACAUCCGUGAUAAGAAGACCGGCUUAGAGAGAACCAUUGAGCUGAAGAGGGACAUACAGGCCAAGAAGCAGCAGGAGCUGAAGAACAUCAAGUCUGAUCUGCAGAGACUAGAAGGCUCCUCCACCAGACUGCAGGAGCUGGAGACGGAGCUCACGAAAGCGGAGCGAGAUCUGAAUAAUGCUGUGCAAAGCUCUACAGUGGAUAGUCUGAAGGCAGAAGUGCAGGAGCUGCAGAGAGAAAAAGCAGAACUGGACCAGGCCCAGCGUAGAUUGGACCAGGAGAUGGAGACGCUCAAUAUGCACACCACAGCACGCACGCAGAUGGACAUGCUCAGAAAGGACAAGACAGAUAAAGAAGAUCAAGUAAGAAAGAUUAAGUCCAGACACAGUGAAGACCUGGUUUCUCUGCUGGGCCACUUCCCUAAUAAGAGGGAGUUAGAGGACUGGAUCCAUAGCAAAUCCAGAGAGAUCAACACAAUGAGAGAGAAGUUGGGCAAGCUCAAUAAAGAUUUGGCAUCCAGAGAGCAGAAUAAGAGUCACUUUACAGCUGAGAUUCGUCGCAAAGAGCAGCAGCUGACCAGCUAUGAGGAGAAGCUCUUCAAUGUAUGCGGCAGUCAGGACUUUGAGUCUGACCUAAGCAAACUGCAGGAUGACCUGGAGAAAUGCUCUAAACAGAGAGCCAUGCUGGCGGGAGCCACGGCUGUGUACACACAGUUCAUCAGUCAGCUGACUGAGGAAGGUGAGCCUUGCUGUCCAGUGUGCCAGCGCAUCUUUCCCUCCGAGGCCGAGCUCCAGGACGUCAUUAAUGACAUGCAGUCCAAAUUGCGUCUGGUUCCUGAUAAGCUGAAGAACACUGAGCAGGACCUGAAGAGGAAGGAGCGCAAGCGUGAUGACAUGAUGGCCCUCAAACCUGUCAGACAGACUCUAGCGGAGCUGCAGGAGAAGGAACUGCCAGAGCUGAGGAAUAAGCUGCAGAGUGUGAACCGUGAGAUAGAGAAAUUGAAGGGGGAUAUAGAAGAGCAGGAGACUAUGCUGUCUAUGUUGAUGUCAGAGGAGGACACAGCCAAGGCCUGUCUGCAGGACAUUUCCCUCAUGGACCGCUACCAGAUGGACCUGAAGGAUGUGGAGAGGAAGAUAGCUCAGCAUGCGGCCAAGCUUCAGGGUGUGGAUCUGAACCGGACGAUGCAGCAUGUCAGCCAAGAAAAGCAGGAGACCCAGCAUCGUCUGGACACCACAUGCAGUAAGAUGGAGCUUAAGCGCAAACUUAUCCAGGACCAGCAGGAGCAGAUCCAGACCCUGAAGAGCAAUGUGAACGAAAUACGUGCAGAAAAGCUCCAAAUUUCCAGUAACAUGCAGAAGCAGCAGCAGCUGGAAGAACAGUGUGUAGAGUUAACCACUGAGAUUCAGGCACUGCACAGAGAAAUACGGGAAGCAAAAGAGCAAGUGUCUCCUUUGGCAGCCACUUUGGAGAAGCUCCAACAGGAAAAGCAGGAGCUGAUAGAGAGGAGAAGACAGAAGCAAGAUGAAGGCCAGGAAAAGAUUAACGCUAUAAAGGACAGGAUUAAAAACUUGGCCAAUCUUGAAAGAGAAAUUAACAGGUAUAUCGAAGAGGGCAAGGACGAGUACAAGGAGCAAAAAGAAGCUGAACUUCAGGAGACAAAUGCCCAGCUGCUUGAAGCUGAGAAACAACGGGAAAAGAUCAACAAGGACAUGGGCAAUAUCCGACAAGACAUAGACACACAGAAGGUCCAAGAGCGUUGGCUUCAGGAUAACUUGACGCUAAGAAAGCGUGUGGAGGAACUGAAAGAGGUGUCAAAGAAAAGGGAGGUCUUACUCAAGGAGAUGGGCAACAUGAAAGUCAUGGAGUUACGCAAUGAGCGUCGAGAGUUGGAGCGGAAGGUGGAGGAUAUGAAAAAGAACCGCAGUUUGGCUUUAGGCCGACAGAAGGGCUUUGAGGAGGAGAUCCUGCGCUUCCGCAAGGAACUCCGUGAGGACCAGUACCGCCAGGCUGAGGAGAGAUUCCGGGAUAAGAUGAUAGUCAUGAGGACCACUGAGCUGGCCAACAAAGACUUGGAUAUCUACUACAAGGCAUUAGACCAAACAAUCAUGAAGUUUCACAGUAUGAAGAUGGAAGAGAUCAACAAAAUAAUCCGAGACCUGUGGAGAAGCACAUAUCGUGGACAAGAUAUUGAGUAUGUGGAGAUCCGUUCUGAUGUGGACGAGAACGCUUCUGCUGGAGUCAGAAGGCGCACAUAUAACUACAGAGUGGUGAUGAUUAAAGGAGACACAGCUUUAGACAUGCGUGGACGUUGCAGUGCUGGUCAAAAGGUGCUGGCCUCCCUCAUCAUCCGACUGGCACUGGCUGAGACAUUCUGUCUGAAUUGUGGCAUCCUGGCCUUGGAUGAGCCCACCACCAAUCUUGACAGAGAAAACAUUGAGUCCCUGGCCCACGCCUUGGUGGAAAUCAUAAAGAGUCGUUCUCGGCAACGCAACUUCCAGUUGCUCAUCAUCACCCACGAUGAGGACUUUGUGGAGCUACUGGGUCGCUCCAACUAUGUAGAGCACUUCUACAGAAUCAAGAAGAACCAGGACCAAUGCUCUGAGAUCACCAAGUGCAACAUCACAAGUUUAAACACCUACCUGCACUGAGGUUUCACUUGCACAAUGUCUCUACCAGAAAAGAGGGGCUGAACAUAGCAGUACAGAAGAAGCCACUUAAGGGAUAAUUCUGAGACUGGUGAACUGCCGAAGCUAAAAAGGAAUGUAUACUUAAAGUAAUCAGUAAGAACACAAAAACCUGUAGUAGACUACUGACAUAAACAUGCUCUGUUCUAGUUUUAAGAGAUGGUUUAUGUGACUGGGAUUCUUUAUUGUUGUGCGCCAAAGACUUUGCACCAUGUUUGCCAAGUCUAGAAGCACCCACAUUCAAACCAGUUUGUUGAUUCAAAAUGCAGCAGGUUUUUGCUUGCACUUGUUCUGCUUGUUGCCCUGCGUUUUGUUCUUUCUCACAGUUUAAAAUGUAGUCUUGGUGUUCCGUUUUACUGCCAAGCUGACAUUGGCUCUGUUGUGGAGCAUUGAAAUUUACAGACGUGACACUGUGUGAGUGCAUUGCAGGGCAAAUUUUUGUUGCCCUAUUUAUCCCAGUCAAAUUCCACUAUACUGUAUUCUACAUUUACCCUCUGUCUGAAAUCCUUUGCAUAGUUUGAAUAUAUGCAAUACAAAACUGGUUUAUAAGAGUUGAGUGCUACUAAUCUUGAUUGCAGUCCUUUUUUUUUACAGUAAAGCUGGGCUAGUGUACUUGUGUCAUUUUGCCUUGAUUAAAAAUGGAAAGGUUCUACUCUUUAAAUGCUGUUAUAAGCUUAAUGAAAAGACAUGGUAUUGCCUUUAAAUUAUGAUUCAAUUAAUUAAAAAUGAAAAUAAAAAAUGUAUAAAUGUAAGAUGGGUUUACAUUUCUUUCUUUCUUAGCCCUAUUAGUUAUUGUAUUGGUUAUAAUAGUUUAUUUACCUGUAGCCACUAAAAGCAUGCUGUGCAUUUCGGAAACCAAACAUGGUCAAGAGUCUCAUCAGCAUCCAAAGCUCUAUCUUAAACCACUGCAAUCUUUUUGGCAAAUUGUCGUUUAACUCUCAAUUCCGCUAUUCAGAGAAUUUGAAGCAUCAUUAAGCACGACCAGCAAUUUAAUCAACCACAUCUCAAUCAAGAUUACCUCAAUGCGCUUCAUAGCCACUUAAUUUGUCAGCUCUUAAAUGCUUGCUGUGCAGAACGUCAGAUUCUAAGAAGUGCAGGUUAUAUCAGCGUUGUGCAUCUCUGCCUGCACAUAUAUAUGUGCACCAUGGCAAGUGUUUGAAUCACUUUCAGCUUCAGUCUUCCAACGACAAUCAGAGUCCUUCAAAGCUAGGCUUCACCAAGCUGCCCCAACCAUGAAGACUGUGUUUGUGCUUCUCGCUAUUGCUGUUACAUACACCUGUGGCGCUCCCUUUAAACAGUUGAAGGAGUUGAAGGCACAAGUAGACGAGAUCCUUAAAAAAUUGCCCACGGAGCAGCUAGAUUCUAUCUUUGUGAUGGAAAUUGAAAAGAAGGUUUUCAGUGAUUGUGAGUCGGAGUUUUUCUGUCAAGUUGAGAAAGUACUGUCUGGAAACAACAAGUUGUCCCAACUCUCUGAGUUUCAGAAAGAUCAAGGCUUGCUAAGACAUUUGAGUGCAUACAACCAGAAACAUGUGAAAAACUGCAGCGUGGUGUCCAGAGGGGAUGAAAUCACCCUGCAUUUGUUCCUCCAGCACCUGAACAAAUGUAUCCAGAAAAAAACCUCACAGGACAAAUGACCUGAGCUCUUCUCUUCUCAACAAAUUUUCUGUUCUAAUUUAUGAAAGAAGAUAUUUAUAUUUUCUUGAAAACCCCUAAAACCAUUGCAUUUUAUUUAUUUUUUGUUCUUCUAUGACAACUAUUUUCCACUAUUGGUCUUUGAGUAAAUGUAUUGCAGAAAUAAUGCCAUCACUUUCACAUUGUCAUAUGAGCAGGUUUGAAUUAAAAGCAGAUUAUUAAUAA